GUUAAUGGGUUUGGAAUUUAGCGUGUGGAUUUGGGUAUGCAUGAUCAAAAAUAGAAACUUUUUCACUUUUAGUGGCGUUUUGGGUGCUUUACCCAUUUCAGCUUUCUCCUUUUUAAGAUUGAACUGGGUUUUUGGAAUGGGUGAUGUUGAAAGUUUCUUAGUGAAUCAAAGCUUUACGUGUGUGAAAUACUCUCUUUAGUUUCUAUGCCAGGGGUUCCUCUGUUUCUCACAACAACUUUGCAUUCUAGCUAAAAUUGGUUCUAGAUUCAAUCAGGUUUUAGGCUAAUAGAGUAUAAAUUUCUUUGUAGGGCUUGGCUGGUCAUCUUCAGAGAAUUUACUUAAUUACUUCAAAACUACAAAUGGUGCUUUUCAAAUCAAAGAUUCUAACUUUGUGUUUUCAUUGGCUUGAAUGCUUGGAUUUGGGUUGAAAUUUGGGGUCUUCAUUUGGGUGUGACAAGAAAGAUAAUGUUGGCUUUCAUUUUCAUGUAGGUUUCUAGGUGUUUUCUGAGAGACCCAUUUCAACUCUCUCCUUUUGACUUUUAUAAUGUUGGCUUUCGUUUUCAUUCAAUUGGAAUUGAUGAUGUUGGGAGUUUCUAUUAAAUUUUUCAAUGGUUCAUGUUUGCAGAGUUUCAUUAAUUUGUCUUCCAACGUGGUUUCUCUGGCUUGGCUGAUCAACAGCAGAGGAUUUGCAAACAAAGUCAAAAACUGUGCUUCUCAAAUCAAAGACUGUGGAGCGAGUCGCGAGUGUCCAAAAUGCCAUUAUCUUAUCAGCAACAGCGAUGUUUCAACAGAAUGGCCUGGCUUUCCGACUGGUGUGAAGUUUGAUCCAUCUGAUACUGAUCUCAUAGAACAUUUAGCUGCGAAAGUUGGUGUUGGAAACUCAAAACCACACAUGUUUAUUGAUGAGUUCAUCCCAACUAUUGAUUGGGAUAUCGGCAUUUGCUACACUCAUCCUGAAAACCUUCCUGGUGCAAAGAAAGAUGGAAGUAGCUUCCAUUUCUUUCAUAAAACAUGUAAUGCAUAUUCUACUGGUCGGCGGAAGCGUCGCAAGAUUGACAAAGAGCAUGACUUGGCCGCACAGGCUGUUCGUUGGCACAAGACCGGGAAGACCAAGGCUAUAAGAAGUGGAGUUCAUCCGGGCUGGAAGAAGAUCAUGGUGCUGUAUAAAAGUUCAAUCAAAGGGUCCAAAGCAGAUAAGACUGACUGGGUGAUGCAUCAGUAUCAUUUGGGAAGUACAGAAGAUGAGAAAGAAGGUGAAUAUGUGGUGUCGAAGAUAUUCUAUCAACAGCCAAAGCAGGCUGACAAGAGUGAUCACAAUUUGGUCAUUGAAGAAUCUGAAUCCUAUGUGCUUCAACGUUCUCCAAUUACCCCCAUAACAAAUCCUCCGACUACUCCUGCACCAGAGGAAUCUGCUUGGUGUGAUGCUGGUCCUGACGAAUAUAUGCAGAAUUCCUAUGCCAAGGUAGCAGAACAUGUCCCGGAAGUAUCUCAAUAUGCCCAACUUAGGAAGUUCGAGGACAGUAUGUCUCAUGUCCCUCAACUUGAUAGUCAGUUUGAGAACAAUGUGGGGCAACCUACCUGGUUGGCAGGCGAAUCUCAGGUUGAUGAAUACUGCGGGUUAAAUUGCUUCGAUGACACCUUGUUAUGCAAGGAGACAUUUAAUUCUUCCACUCCUCUAAAUGGUCCAGUUCUGAAUCCCAUAUCUAACGGUGACUGUGUUAACAACACGUACGGGGUAACUGGAAACAGCAGCACAGCAUUUGGAAUCCCUGACCUUGAGAACCUCGAGUUUGAUAGUCCACCAGAUUUCCAGCUAACUGGUUUGCAGUUUUGUUCCCAAGACAGUAUACUUGAGUGGUUGGACAGGUUGUGAAUGAGCUUCCGGGAAUGAAACUGAAUUCCCAAUUUUGUUCAAUCCCAGCUUCUAGGUAAACGGCUUAUAAAUACUUAGAUGCUCUUCAAUGGAAAAUGAGGCAAACUUUAUGCAAGCUUUAUAAGUCUCAGGGCAGGUGACCAUGGAGCUACAAGUAAGCAGAACUAAGCUGUCUGCUGCUGAGAUCAGAUUGAUCAACCUAGGGCUAAUGAGUGUAUUUGCUACUUUAACCAUCAAGUUCAGCUGUUUGUAUCAAACUGUUUUUGCAAACGAUGUAUGCAUGUAUUGCUUCUAUCGUAGUGAAAAGCAUCUCAUGGUAUUUGGGAUACUUGAAAACCAUUGUAGCAACUAUUACAUCAUUGGCAAUAGCAGAUAUGUGCCAUAUAUAU